UAAGCCGCAAAAUUGAGGGGAUUUGCCUCAAGGAUGUCCUCCUCAAUCGCGGCAAAGGAAAGAUGCCGAUCCUUCCCAAGAAGCUCUCGGCCACAGCCACAGGGGAAGAGUUAAAAACCCAUGAGGAAUCCAUGUCCAAGUAUGAGGAAUCUUACAGCGUGCGGGAGCAAGCCGACGCCGCUAUCAUUGGCGUCUUCGUCGGCACUACCCCUUCCGAGCUCGUCAAAAUUUACCAUAACUACCCCUCCGCGCACGCCAUCUGGGAGUACCUCAACGACCGCUUCCUCAACAAAACCGCUGUGGGGGUGGCGAUCCUCAUCCCCCGCAUGUUUCAAGGGUAACCACUAUCUUCCCAGCUCAUUCCAAUCACUGUGAUCUCCUUCAGCCCACCACCAAUGCCCUACUUGCACGCUUCACACUGAUCGCCAACAACCUCUACACACUCCAAGUACCUCCAUCUUCCACUGAAGCACACUCUACCUCCACCACAUCAUCGUGCUCCUGCCGUCAGCUCACCGAUCCAACCAUUCUUU